CCAGCACCAUGCGUCCUUGAAGCGGAAGUAUACUAAGUUUGCACUCAAUUGACGACGGAGAACCAGAGUCCUGGAUGAAUCCUAUUACUGUAAACUCGAACCAUAGCAGAGGUUAGUGACAUCAUCAGUUCUGGAAUUGGCUCGACGACUCCUCAAGGCGUUCUAGAGUGAGCACUAAGCGGUAAGUUCAUCGAACUGAAGGCAGAUGGAAGGAAUGCGCCUUCGAGAAUGCUCCGGAGAUGAAGAAAGCGGUUUGGACUCUGGAGAGCAUCGGACAUAUCCGGCAGCGCUCUGGGUUGAUUGUGGCUGGUGAGAGCGAGGACAUGGAUGGGCAUGAAUGGGCAUGGAUGCCAUGGACAUGGACAUGGACAUGGACAUGGUCAAGGGAGGACGGGAGGAAAGAAAAUGCGAGAGCGCCUUGUCAGGCUGACUGGGGAGAAAACCAAAGUCCAGCCCGCCCGCUGCAAACUUGCACACCCCGCUGCCAUCCAAUCCCAGGCCCGGGCCGUGAUGUACCAGGUGCUUCAGGAAUGAAACAAUUCGUCGAGUCAUCGAGCAUUCAAGGCAGACUUUCAGGACUCUCCAGGGGGCUCGCAGACCGAAUUCUGGUUUGGCUCACCGAGAGGGAGGGUUGUGGUCGACGCGUCGCAAGCACAAGCACGCAAUGGGCCGCCGACGAAGAUUACUGUACACUGUACGGAGUACAGUACUGUAUCGGCUUGCCGAUGGCAAAGGCGCUCUCCGCAUCUCCAUCUGAUACCGUACGGGAUCCUUCCCUCUGUGCCCGUACCCGGGUUGGGGCUCGUACCUGCGUGGAAGCAUUAGGUUGCGGACAUCACGAAUCGCGACGAAUCGCCUGGAUCACCAGAUCGUGGGCUGCAUGCAAGCUUCUGCGAACUCGACGAAGCCGUCUGGAUCGUCAAUGAUGCGCGCAGCAUGACCCUGGGAGCAUCUCUGCAGUCGGGCUCUGGCGUGAACGGUGUGGCGGCGGUGAAGCUUGUUGUUUGGUCCCAGCACGAAGAUGGCUCCACUGAAGGGGUGCAUCGUGAAGUUUCAACUCGCACAGCCUCAGCCCUCCUCGCCUCGAGCCUCGAGGGGUGCAGAUGCAUAGCCACUGAGGGCUGCCCCCAAACAACCCACGGGCUGCACAGCAUCGUCAUGAUACCGCACUGAACCGUGCAGCGUCCGCUCCCCUCGCAUUCACGC